ACUACCGGUAUUUGCAGACUUCAGCAAUGUUGCGGCGAUCGUUACUACGUCCAGCAGUGACAGCACGUGAGCUCACGAAUUGUCCCCCGUCCUCGUCCUCAGAAAUUAACCGUUGACAUACGAAGAAAUCCUCGAUCGAUAAUGUACCUGGAGCCGAAGAUGCGGUACUACUUUCUCCGUUCUUGUCAACCAAUCAAAUCGCUUGUCUCUCAUCGGCACGUCGCUUCGAACAUUGGGUCACAUCAGGACGGUGCCAGGGAGUAGCCACAACAUAGAUAAAAUUGACUUUGGCUAAUUUUUUUUAGAAAACUUCCAAAUAUUGUUGUUUGUACUCGCCCGCUGUGCUACCAUUGUUCUAUAACGAUGAUGGUGUGAUUGGUGAGUGUGCGGUUCUUUCUUCAGUCAAGUGACGUCUCCCCUAUGGGACUUGGACAUAGUCGCUUUGCCAGACAGCCGAGGGAUUGUAUUGUGACAUGUUUGUAGAACGCACAGGAGACAGUUACAUGAUGUACCGCAGUGGAUAUUUACUUUGUUGAGGGGAGACACAGUACCAGCCCAAUGUACGACGCCUCGGACGAAGGGGAGGAGGACCCCCCGUGUUUCGAGGAGUAUGACGAAGCAAGCGGGCGUCUUCGUUACAAGGCUCGCAACAUGAUCGGGGCCACAGGAAGCCGUCAUGUCUCCCAGCGGCGGCGUGCCUCCAUUGUGUCCGGGAGCACCCCCUAUCCCUCACUGUUCGGCCACAUGGAACAGCUCUCGGAAGAGCCCGCCCCUAGGGUGGCGAGGCGCAGGGCUGUGGAUACCUCAGAUUUGCGCACAUGCGCACUACUACAGGGGAAGCUGAAAGAGCUAAAGACCUACCCAGAGAUGGCAACAUUUCAAGCCAACAGCGGCCACGGUGAUGAUGGAGACUAUUCAGGUCCCUAUGACGGAUCCCUAGGACAUCUUUCUAGACGCGCCGCUCACUUGAGUCUCCCAGGAAUGGCUGCGUCAAGCAAUCGUUCGCUCUUCAUUUUUAGUGAGGAGAACUUUAUCAGAAAAUAUGCCAAGAUCAUCAUUGAAUGGGGGCCUUUCGAGUAUAUGGUACUUCUCACCAUCAUCGCCAACUGCAUCGUCCUGGGCUUGGAGGAACAUCUGCCGGAGAAUGACAAGACCCCUCUGGCUGUUCAGCUGGAUGAUACAGAAAUAUACUUUCUGGGCAUCUUCUGUGUGGAAGCUUUACUAAAAAUUGUAGCUCUAGGUUUUGUACUUCAUAAAGGCUCAUAUCUACGAAACAUUUGGAACAUAAUGGAUUUUAUAGUAGUUGUUACAGGGUUUAUAACCCUUCUUCAUACAAGCACUUCCUCAUCAUCUUUCGACCUGCGAACCCUCCGAGCUGUCAGGGUUUUAAGACCCCUGAAGCUGGUGUCUGGAAUCCCAAGUUUGCAGGUGGUGUUGAAAUCUAUCAUAAGAGCCAUGGCUCCACUGUUACAAGUGUGUUUAUUGGUGCUUUUUGCAAUCAUCAUCUUUGCAAUCGUGGGCCUGGAGUUCUAUUCCGGUGCUUUCCACAACGCUUGUUUCAAAAACCAAUUUGGUAGAACGUUAGGUGACAUCGAUUAUGGUGAUGAACCUGAUAUACGACCGUGUGCAAAAAAUCCCAAUUCUGCAGGAGGUUUUAAGUGCCAAUUAAAUAUAUCUAAAUGUAAAGAAGGUUGGCAGGGCCCCAACUAUGGAAUCACCAGCUUUGAUAACAUCGGCUACGCUAUGUUAACAGUGUUCCAGUGCAUAACCAUGGAAGGAUGGACCACAGUUUUGUACUAUACAAAUGAUGCCUUAGGGAGCAAUUUCAACUUUUUAUAUUUUAUACCUCUCAUCGUCCUGGGAUCAUUCUUCAUGUUGAAUCUAGUACUGGGAGUCCUCAGUGGCGAAUUUGCCAAAGAGAGAGAAAGAGUAGAAAACCGUAGAGCGUUCUUCAAGCUACGUAGACAGCAACAGAUAGAACGGGAGUUGAAUGGAUACCUGGAGUGGAUUUGCAAAGCGGAAGUGAUACUCAGUGAAGAAAAAACCACAGAUGAAGAAAAGUUAAAAAUCAUGGAAGGUAUGUAUGCACGCCGUCGUGCAGCAGCCAGGAAGAUGAAGCAGUUGAAAGGGGAAGAAACAGAUGAUGACAACAACGAGCUAAAUGAUGAAGACCUUCUGUCAGAUCUCAGUGGUUUCCCAGGAAAUAGAAUAGGAAGAAAUGCUAAAAACCGCAAAUUAAAUGGCAGAUGUGGAUCAUUUUGGAGAGCUGAGAAAAGAUUCAGAUUUUCUAUUCGCAAGUUAGUGAAGAGCCAAGCGUUCUACUGGAUUGUGAUCGUGCUGGUGUUCCUCAACACAGUGUGUGUGGCCUCUGAACACUACGGCCAACCGGACUGGCACUCUGACUUCUUAUAUUACAUGGAGUUCAUGUUCCUGGCUCUCUUCAUCUCCGAGAUGUUCAUCAAGAUGUACGGACUAGGUGUGCGUGUCUAUUUCAGAUCGUCUUUCAACAUCUUUGACUGUGUGGUCAUCGUAGGUAGCAUCAUAGAAGUGGUAUGGUCCUGGUUCAAGUCUGGAUCCUUCGGUAUCAGUGUGCUCAGAGCUCUUAGGCUGCUGAGGAUCUUCAAAGUCACAAGGUACUGGGCAUCUCUGCGGAACCUGGUCAUCUCCCUCCUCAGCAGUAUGAGAUCCAUCGUGUCACUCCUCUUCCUGCUGUUCUUGUUCAUCCUCAUCUUCGCCUUGCUUGGGAUGCAGUUGUUUGGAGGAGAAAUGAACUUUCCAUCGGGGAGGCCGUCGUCACAUUUUGAUACUUUCCCCAUCGCACUUCUUACAGUGUUCCAGAUUCUGACAGGGGAGGACUGGAAUGAGGUGAUGUACAACGGCAUCCGAGCUCAUGGUGGGACGGAAUCGGGCAUGAUAUUCUCGUUGUAUUUCAUUAUACUGGUGCUAUUUGGUAACUAUACACUGCUGAACGUGUUCUUGGCCAUCGCUGUGGACAACUUGGCCAAUGCCCAGGAGCUGACCGCUGCAGAGGAAGAGCAGGCAGAAGAAGAGAACAUGCGGAGAGAAGAGCGGGAGAAGGCAGAGGCUGCAGAGCUGUUGGCCGGUCAAGCUCCCCCACAGGUCAACAUCUGUCCCCCCUCACCACAGAACAAUGAGGAUGGGAAGACAGGCAACUUCAACUACAUUAAUUUCAGUAGUGGGAAUCGUAUUGACAUCAAUCUCCGUCAGAACAACCUCAAGGACAAUCGAGACAAACAAAUCCAUGUAAACCUGGCCAACAAUCUGGACGACGAUGAUGACAAUGCUAAAAAUAAAAGUCCAUACAAAGGAGCAAGUACUACCAGUGACAGCACCAUUGACAUUCGUCCCCACACACAGCAUCAGGAAGAGAACGCCUUCGGAAGCCCCAAACCCAUGUUGCCAUACAGCUCAAUGUUCAUCUUCGGACCAACAAAUCCUAUACGUCGAUUCUGUCACUUCGUGGUGAACCUGCGCUACUUUGACCUGUUCAUCAUGAUUGUCAUCUGUGCCAGUAGUGUUGCUCUAGCAGCCGAGGACCCUGUCAAUGAGGGCAGCUUCCGCAACAUCAUCCUCAACUACUUCGACUUUGUCUUCACUGGAGUCUUUACCAUAGAAAUGAUACUGAAGGUGAUAGAUUUGGGAGUGCUUCUCCACCCUGGCUCAUACUGUAGAGAUUUGUGGAAUAUCCUCGACGCCACUGUCGUCAUCUGUGCCUUGGUUGCCUUCGCUUUCAGUUCGAGUGAGCAACAGGGAAUUCAGAUUACGUUAACGGGAGACAAUGCAGGCAAAAAUCUGAACACCAUCAAGUCACUGAGAGUUUUGAGGGUUUUACGACCUCUUAAAACAAUUAACAGGGUUCCCAAGUUGAAGGCGGUAUUUGACUGUGUCGUUCAUUCUCUGAAGAAUGUAUCCAAUAUCCUCAUCGUGUACGCAUUGUUUCAAUUCAUCUUCGCUGUUAUCGCUGUGCAACUGUUUAAAGGGAAGUUCUUCUACUGCACUGAUGAGUCCAAAGCUACCAAGGAUGAGUGCCAGGGUCAGUACUUUGACUAUGAUGGAGGGGAAGUGCCCACGGUGAAGGAUCGGGAAUGGCUACGACAGGAGUUCCACUACGAUGACAUCGCAAUGGCCAUGCUGACUCUGUUCACCGUCACAACAGGAGAAGGAUGGCCAGGUAUCUUGAAGCAUUCAAUGGACUCAACUACAGAGAAUCAUGGUCCCCAGCCAGGCUAUAGUAUGGAGAUGGCUGUUUUCUAUGUGGUCUUCUUCAUUGUGUUCCCUUUCUUCUUCGUCAAUAUCUUUGUUGCCUUGAUCAUCAUCACAUUCCAGGAACAGGGAGAGAAUGAGCUCAUUGACCAAGAUCUAGACAAGAAUCAGAAACAAUGUAUAGACUUUGCUAUCCACGCUAAACCUCAGAGUAGGUUUAUGCCCAAGUCCCGAGACUCACUGAAAUUCAAAAUCUGGAAGCUGGUUGUGUCCACCAAGUUUGAGUAUUUCAUUAUGACGCUGAUUGCGUUGAACACAAUUGUCCUGAUGAUGAAGUACCAUGAGCAGGGCAGUCUCUAUAUGGAGGUGCAGAAAUACCUAAACAUUGGGUUUACCUGUUGCUUCACCAUGGAGUGCGGGCUCAAGAUGAUAGGGUUUGGACCGCGGAACUAUUUCCGGGAUCCUUGGAACGUGUUUGAUUUCAUCACAGUACUUGGCAGUAUCAUUGACGUCCUCAUCACACAGUACUCUGAUGCUACCGUCAGUUUCGGCUUCUUCCGUUUGUUCCGAGCUGCUCGUCUGGUCAAGCUGCUCCGCCAAGGGUACACCAUACGUCUCCUGCUUUGGACAUUCUUCCAGUCUUUCAAGGCUCUGCCGUAUGUGUGCCUGCUCAUCCUCAUGUUGUUCUUCAUCUACGCCAUCAUUGGGAUGCAAGUAUUUGGUAACAUCCGCCUCGAUUCUCAGACUGCUAUAAACCGGCACAAUAACUUCAGAACAUUCUUCGAAGCAUUAACACUGUUGUUCAGGUGUGCCACAGGGGAGAGCUGGCAGCUGAUCAUGUUUUCCUGUCUCCCUGGCCGACCAUGCGACCCGCAGUCGUACCCCAUAGAUGAGGAGGAGCGUCAGAACGCCUGUGGUCUGAGCAUCGCAUACUUUUACUUCGUAUCAUUCAUCUUCCUCUGCUCUUUCCUGAUGUUGAAUUUGUUUGUUGCUGUCAUCAUGGACAACUUUGACUACUUGACGAGAGAUUCAUCUAUCCUCGGCCCGCAUCAUCUGGAUGAGUACAAGCGUGUGUGGGCAGAUUACGAUCCAGGCGCCACUGGUAGGAUAACAUACUCUGAGAUGUACGAAAUGUUAAGAAACAUGGAGCCACCGGUGGGAUUUGGCAAGAAAUGUCCAUAUAGAUUAGCUUACAGGAAACUAAUACGAAUGAACAUGCCAGUGGACAUGCAAGACAAAGUCCAUUUCACAACAACGCUGUUUGCACUCAUCCGGGAGUCUCUGAUGAUCAAGAUGGGUCCAGCUGAAGAGAUGGACAAGAAGGACGAGGAGAUGUGCGAGGUGAUCCGUCGACUGUGGCCAGAUUAUGCCAAGAAGAUCCUGUACAUUCUCAUGCCACCCAAUGAUGAACUAAAUGAUGGCAAGAAUACAGUGGGGAAAAUAUAUGCAUCACUUUUAAUAGCAGAAAACUAUAAAGCAUUUAAAGCCAGUCAAACUCAGGCUUCCACUAUGAGAAUGGAAGAAAAAGAGGAGCCACAAGAUGAGGAGCCAAAGAGAAGAAAGUCGCAUAUGGUAGAUAGCUUUCUGCCACCAGAUAGCUUUCUACCGCCAGAUAGCUUUCUACCGCCAGAUAGGUUCCAAGCUCCGACUAGGUAUCAGCCACCCAUGGAUCCCACUACCCAGGACAAGAAUGACCGACGUCCAUCAGUAAAUGGAAAUAUUCCAUCUACUCGGGUCAUCCCACCAGAAACUGGCCCUAGUGAAACCAAUGAGAAGAGUGCCAUCCCUACAAGAAGUACUAUAGCUAGUUUUCUCCAAUCAGCUUUAUCUCAGGAUCCAGAGCGACCACCAUCUCUCUUCCGUCGUUUGAUUGGUGGCCUGAGAACAACACCUUCCAACAGAUCAAGCCAAUCACUGGACUCCGAACAUUCUGAUGGCGAGAGGGAUUCAGAGGGAGGUCAUAGUAUUGACAAAGGCCAUCCGUGGAAUCGGUCAUUCAGCUUCCUGCGUCGAGGCAGCAGUAAACGGAAGAAGGACCCACACAGCGACAGCUCGAGUGUACAGGCACGCAACAACCGCUUUGCUGGGGUGGUUAAUAACUCAUUUUCAAUUGAUGAACAAGAUGAGUUAGACGCAGAGGCCCCACGGUCAACCCAACUGGACGUCCAGAGACAUGGAGCUCAUACCCCAUCUUCCCCUGUGUCACCAAUGUCUCCACGCUCCCCCCUCCCCAUACACAGUCCUUAUGGGUCCCCCCGGGCAUCACCUCUCCCCUCCCGCCGCUCCCCCUCUCCGAGACGCGCUGAUGUGGGCUUCGCCUCUGCUGUGUCCAACAUCGUGGAUCAAGCCCAUCACAUUGCGGAGCAGGAUAGACGUAAGCACCAUGGCCAUCGCCAUGAUGACAGUUUGAGUGUUCCAAGCUCUCCUCAGAUGCGUGGUCGGACACAUUCCCGCAACAUCCGCCCUCCCCUAACACAGCAGCAUCCAGUGUAUGGCUCUCCCCACCCUAGUCCUAAACCACCCCGCAAAAACAGGGACUCCACUUUCUACAGAUCUACAUCAUUAGAAAACCGAUCUCGGAGCCCUUCGCCUAACCCUAACUUGUCGCAGUCUCAACUAGAAUACUACGGUUCAGCAAACCUGACCGACAGAUCCCGUAGUCCAAGCCCUGCCCAGUCACCUCCUAAACGUGUUGGGCGAAAGUUACCACCGGUGCCCGCGUCAAAACCAUCAUCAUUAAAUCUUGCUCAACCAAAACUGAAAGAAAGCAUGCCCAGAGUAAUGCCGUCUCCAACAGUUCCACAGCCACCAAAAAGCCCAGGGAGUAUUAACUUUCCCAAGCUGAACGCAUCACCAACGCACCUCCCCAAACUGAACAUCCCGCCUCAUUCCUCGCAUCAUGUGCCUCCACCAGGCCGGCUUGGGAGACCUGAGCCUUAUAGUCCCACAGAGAGAAACAAUCUCAACAAACUUAGUGACCCUAAAUCUCACACCUUACCUAUCGCUCAAAGGACUAGUGGUUACCAUGGUGAUUCACCGUACCAUGGAGCUGACCGUGGAGGCCGACAGUCUGGCCGAGCACCAGAUACUCAUGCCAGUGAUAGGAGUAGAUUUUUAGCCAAUCAGUUUGCAGAUACACCACCCCAGGAGACAGGGGGAAGUGGGCGGGGAUCUCGGUCUGCUGCUACCCUUCCCAAUGGUUUUAAACCCAAGGUGAAGGGCAAAGGACGGAAGCCAGAGAAAUAUGAACUUCGCAGUGAUAGUAACAUUCCUUUGCAUAAUGAAUCUGAUGAAGAGGAUGAUUGGUGUUAGCGUUUGUGCUUAAUUAGGAUUUUCCAAUUUAUUCUGGUUGCCUUGGAGACCAUUUGGUUACCAUGGAUACCAAAGAAGCAUGUGGUUUCCGGUUUCUUUUCUAUGUGUGAUCAUUCAAGACAAUGUGAAGACCAACUGAUAUGAAUGCUGCUUUUUUUUAAAUGGAAUAUCUUCAUAACCACUUCCAUAAUGUGCUCUUAAGUGUGUUUCCAUGACAACUGUGGGUGUGGAUACCAUAUAUUGUGUGGAUUACGUACAGUGUACAUGGCAUACAGAUAGCACUACUCAGAUGCAAUGCUCAGUGAGGUCUGUCCAACCAGUCCUCUAGGCAGUCACGAGAUGAGAGUCCACAUUCACACCCAAACUUUCUCCUUGUGGACACUGGUCUUCUAGAUCUUGUCAACUGGCUUCCUGCCAGGCUAAUUCCUAGUGUAUAUCAUGUACUGCAGUAACUGCUGCCGAUAAUGGCACUGGACAGUCAGCUGGUAGAGGACUACCAUUCAUGUUGCUAAUCUGACCAGUUUUCACCAGUUGUUAAGCACGCUGGAUACUCUUAUAUUCAGUAAUGUUGUUAUUCCAUGUUUAAAUAGGUGUAUGUUGGUGAUAUGACAAAAUGUGUAAAUGUACAUGCUGUCCAACAUUCAAGUUGUUUCUGACCAAACACUAUAGAGACCAACUAUUUAACUGAAAAGAAUGGUUUAGAAAUAGCUAUCUUAUUGAGAGUUCUACAGUCUGCAUAGGUUUUGCCAUGCAGAAAAUAUACUCCACAUUUGCUCAUGUAGAUACGCUUGCAAAAGUAGGAAUAUAUGAGAAGUGGAUUUAUAAUGUCAAAAUUAUGUUGUAAAGGCUGUUUUGCAUAAUUUAUAACAAGGACCUGUUGUUAUCUAAAAUUGUUUUUCUGCAUUAUGAAAAGGCAAAGAUGGUAUAGAAUAGUAUUGUUCUAUUGCUGAACAGUCAAGAUGAAAUUGUGGCUGUAUAUGUUCCAAUAUUUCAAGUCAUCUGUCAUCGGUGACCUUGUUAACGCUAGUUGCAGGUGAUGUACAUAGUUACUAGUUUGAAAGUGAUAUACUAUUCCCAUGCACAGGUUUUCACUUCAGGAAUUAUUGUGAAUUUGUCAUUUGUUUUCUUUUUUGAAUUUAUUUAUAUUUUCCUUAAUUUUGUGCUGAUCCAGCAGAGUCAAUGUGAUGUUGAAAUAGUAGAAGACAAUAGUGUUUCGUAGAACUUUCAUUCUCACUUGUAAGAGGUAAUGGGUGAUAUUAAGCUUUGUCAUGUGUCGGAAUUCUUCAACCUUGUCAAAUGUAUAUCUCUUAGGCUGAAAUAACGAAUCAGUCACAUCAGUUACUGUCUCAUUGCUUUGGCUGUUCAGAUCAGUCAUAUCCAUAAAUAUCUCAUUGCUUUGGCUGUUCAGAUCAGUCAUAUCCAUAAAUAUCUCAUUGCUUUGGCUGUUCAGGUCAGUCAUAUCCAUAAAUAUCUCAUUGUUAAGGCUGUUCAGAUCAGUCAUAUCCAUAAAUAUCUCAUUGUUAAGGCAGUUCAGAUCAGUCAUUUCCAAACUAUCUCAUAUCCACAUCAACUAUCUCAUGUUCAUGUCAUAUCUGUUAAUAUCUUUGGUCAUGGUUGUCUAGCCAAGUCAUAUUUAUUAAAUAUCAUUGAUCAAAGCAGUCUAGCCAAGUCAUAUCUAUUAAAUAUCAUUGAUCAAGGCAGUCUAGCCAAGUCAUAUCUAUUAAAUAUCAUUGAUCAAGGCAGUCUAGCCAAGUCAUAUCUAUUAAAUAUCAUUGAUCAAGGCAGUCUAGCCAAGUCAUAUCUAUUAAAUAUCAUUGAUCAAGGCAGUCUAGCCAAGUCAUAUCUAUUAAAUUUCACUUAUCAAGGCUGUCAAGCCACAUCAUAUCUAUAAAUAUCAUUGUUCAAGGCUGUCUAGCCAAUUCAUAUCUAUAAAUAUCAUUGUUCAGUGCUGUCUAGUCCCAUCAUAUCUGUCACAAUCUCAAGAUUUUAGACUGUGCAGAUCUGUUACACUGUUUCUCCAAGUCUCUUUACACCAGGAAUAUCCAUCACUCUCUCAGACUGUUACUCAUUGUUACUCAGAGUUUAUGGUAUAAAUGACUUUCUCAUGUCCAUUCAGAACCUUAACACAUCUGUUUCAUGGUUAUAUUCAUGUUAAGUUAAGAUUGUUGUCUGUUUUAGACAAAUGGUACCACUGAUAUUUUCAAAA